AUGUUAAGCCGCAACCUUCGUGGGAAAUGUGGAACUCGUUUUCACAAUCACGCUUGUUCAUUCAAUCAGAUAAGGUCUGCUUCAAGUGCUCCAGCAAAUCGAUCAGAAGGGUCUAUAGGAGAUGCAUUCGCCACGCUUUCAAAGAGCCAAACGGAGCUACCUCUUCGUUUCUCCGCUUUGAAGAAAGAAAUCGUCGGCGAGAAUGGCGACGCCAUACUCGAUAGCUGGCACCGAAUCUUGGGACACAUAAAAUCCGACACAAUUCCUCGAGUACAAACAGAGUCCUCCGCUGCGGUCCCCGAGGUCGAGUUCCGAGCCAUAGCUGAGAACAAUGGACGUCUUCCACCGGGGAUCGAGCUGGCAUUGAAGAAGUGCGGCACCAUCAUAGUAAGAGGCUUGGUCCCAGAGCAAACGGCGUGGGACUGGAAACAAUCUGUUCGAAGAUAUGUUGCCGAGAAUCCAUCGACUAAAGGUUUUCCCAAAGAUGACAUUCAAGUCUAUGAACUAUUCUGGAGCAAAGCGCAACUCGAGGCGCGGGCCCAUUCAAACAUGCUGAUGGCUCAGAAAGCAUUGAAUGCAGCCUGGAAGAAGGAUGCUGGAGAUCGAGUCGUGCUGUCCGAACAAAUUUCGUACUGCGAUCGACUGAGGAUGCGCACGCCUGGAGAUAAAUCAUUCAAUCUUGGACCACACUUAGACGGUGGCUCCUUGGAGAGAUGGGAAGACCUGGCAUAUCGUAAAUGCUAUACUGAAAUACUUCGAGGCGAUUGGGAGCAACACGACGCCUUCAGGGUCGGUCCACGGCUUGACGCAUGCGUGGACAUGUACAAUGGACCUGGCGGCUGCUCGGCCUUCAGAUCAUAUCAGGGCUGGCUUUCACUCUCCGAAUGCGGGCCAUCAAACGGCACACUGCGCGUCAUCCCCGACCUAACCGCAUCCACCGCCUACACAAUGCUGCGACCAUUCGUGACGCCAACUUCAGGAGGAGGCUGGCAGCUGGAUACAACAACCCCCGUUUUCCAUGGCGCAGCAAUGGGCGCAGGUCAAGAACUAUCGCAGAACCAUUACCCACACAUCAGCUCCACCGCUUUCGUCUCGAUCCCUUUCGUCUGCCCCGGCGACGCUGUCUUCUGGCACUGCGACGCCGCGCACAUGGUCGAACACGAGCAUCAGGGGGAUCAGGAUGCCAGUGUUUUCUACAUACCCGUCGCGCCACUCUGCGAUACCAAUAUAGGGUAUCUGAAGCGCCAGCGGGCAAAUUUCUUGGCCGGGCUGCCGCCGCCAGAUUUUCCGGGUGGUGUUGGUGAGUCUGAGCACGUGGGACGUGGAACAGUGGACUAUCUGUCGGAGGGAGGAAAGAGGGCGAUGGGGUGUGCGAGGUUUGAUGAGACAGAGGCGGUCGAUGAGGUUGAGAGGGGGGUUUAUCGGGAUGCUAAUGCUGCUUUGUUUGACUAA